UAACAAACAGGCACGAGCUACAUGAAAGCCUCUGGUCUUUUUUCCCUGAAACAGCAAUUAUUUCCUUUUGGCAGCUUGGAGUUAAAAAUGGCCUUUGCAAAGUUGUGGAUACUCAUAGGAUUAUUUCUCCAUGCACUGGAAUAUGUACCCAUUCGAGGGCAGGAUGACAGACUAGAUGGGGAGGCCAAAGAAGGUGAAGAAGAGGAAUGCCGGCUGCUGGGGAAAUUUAAUUUACGGGGCUAUGUAGAAGCUGAAAAUGCCAUGCAUGUGAUAGGAGGGAUGUUCCCAAUUCAUUUCAGGACCAUACUGGAAGAAGAUCCAACAAGCACACCACCAAUGUCACCACUGUGUGAGGGGUUUAAUUUCCGGGGUUACCGCUGGGUCAAGGCCAUGAUUCAUGCCAUUAAUGAUAUUAACAAAAGAGAUGACAUUCUACCAAACAUAACACUUGGUUACCAGAUCUAUGACACAUGCUAUACAAUGUCCAAGACUGUGGAGAAUUCUUUAGCUUUCCUUACUGGACAGAAUGAAACAACCCCUGUCUUCCGAUGCAGUUCUGGGGCUCCUUUAGCAGCAGUCGUUGGAGCUGGUGGAUCAACCCUUUCCAUUGCUUCUUCAAGAAUCCUUGGGCUUUACUAUUUCCCUCAGAUUGGCUAUGCUUCAUCAUCAUUACUUCUCUCUGAUAAAUACCAGUUUCCUACCUACCUUCGCACCAUUCCAAGUGAUGAAGUGCAAUCUGAAGGAAUGGCAGACCUAGUUCAUCAUUUUGGUUGGAAAUGGAUUGGAACAAUCGCAGCAGACGAUGAUUACGGCAAAUAUGGUGUCAAAGCUUUUAAAGAAAAGGUGGAGAAUACCCAAACCUGCAUUGCUUUCUCAGAAACAAUCCCAAAAAUAUAUUCCAGAAAUAAGAUCCUGUCAGUUGUUGAAACUGUAAAACACACAAAUGCUACAGUCAUUGUGGUCUAUUCAUCUGAUAUAGACUUCCAUCCAUUAAUGGAAGAGCUAAUAAUCAGCAACAUCAGUGCUAAAACUUGGAUAGCAAGUGAGGCAUGGAUCACAUCAGCCUUAAUUGCUAGGCCAGAAUAUUUUCCCAUUCUUGGUGGAACUAUUGGUUUUGCAAUAAAAAGGGGCGAAAUACCAGGCCUUAAAGAAUUUCUCCUUGACUUACACCCAAGUAAAAAUCCGGAUGAUGACCUCGCAAUUGAAUUUUGGCAGACUGCUUUCAACUGUACUUGGCCCAACAGUAGUGUCCCAUAUAAUACAGACAAUAGAAAAAAUGUCACUGGCCAUGAGAACAUCACUGAUUUUUCUUCAGAUCAGUUGUGCACAGGAGAGGAAAAUCUUGAAGAACUUAAUAAUACAUACUUGGAUGUUUCACAUCUUAGAAUUACAUAUAAUGUCUAUAAAGCUGUUUUUGCUGUUGCUAAUGCACUUGAAUUGUUACGCCUCUGUGAGGGAAGUGGUAAAGAAGGGCCAUUUGAGCCAGGCAAAACAUGUGCCGGCAUAGAUGACUUUGAACCUUGGCAGCUCAUGUAUUACAUGAAAAAUUGGAUGCGUUUCACAGUUCUUGAUGAGUUUGUGGACAUAAAUGAUAAGGGAGAUGUGUACACCCCAUAUGACAUUCUAAACUGGCAGAGGAAUGAAACUGGUGAAAUUAACUUUGUCAAAAUUGGAAUAUUUAAUAUGACUGGAGAAGGGAACAAAGAGUUUCGUGUAAUUAAUGAAUCAGUAUUUUGGAACAAUCCUUCUGAAGCACGCCCAAGAUCAACAUGUAAUGAUAAUUGCCAGCCCGGUUAUCGAAAGGGGAUCCUUCAAGGAAAGCCCUCCUGCUGUUAUGAUUGCAUAAAGUGUGCCGAAGGCCAGAUCAGUAAUAUUACAGAUGCAAGAGAAUGUACAGCAUGUCCUGAAGAUUACUGGUCCAAUGAGCAGAGAAGUAAAUGUGUGCUUAAAGAGGUGGAAUUCUUGGCUUAUGGAGAAGCUUUAGGAAUGACCUUGAUUGCUCUGUCUAUUUUUGGUGUCUUUGUUGUCUUGGCUGUGACUGGUGUCUAUAUCAAGCACAGAGCCACACCUCUUGUGAGAGCAAAUGACCGAGAUCUGAGCUUCCUCAUCCAAUAUUCUCUUAUUGUUACCUUAUUGACUUCCAUCCUUUUUAUUGGUAAGCCAGAAGACUGGUCAUGCCAGUCCCGUCAAGUUACCCUUGCCUUGGGUUUUUCCCUUUGCCUGUCCUGUGUCUUAGGGAAGACGGUAAUGCUUUUCCUGACUCACUUGGCCAAAAAUUCAAAAGUUGCUGAGAAAGCCCGAAUGUCCUUCAAGCCAAUUUUCCAAAAAGUUAUUGUCCUUCUCUCCGUACUGACUGAAGUUGGCAUCUGCACUGCAUACCUCAUACUGGAGCCUCCCCGUAUGUAUAAAAAUACCCAGUUCACGACUCUGAAAAUCAUCUUUGAAUGUGAUGAAGGUUCCAUCUUGUACCUGUGUGUUAUGUUUGGCUUUGAUGUGUUCCUUGCCAUCUUAUGUUUCCUCACCGCCAUUGUCUCUCGAAAGCUUCCCAAUAACUUUAAUGAGGCCAAGUUUGUCACUUUUGGGAUGUUGGUCUUCUUCAUUGUCUGGAUAUCAUUUGUUCCCGCUUAUUUAAGCACAAGAGGGAAGUUCAAAGUGGCUGUGGAGAUAUUUGCAAUUCUUGCCUCCAGCUUUGGUCUGCUAGGGUGUAUAUUUGUGCCGAAAUGUUACAUUAUUUUAUUAAAACCAGCAAGAAACACUGAAGAAAUUGUUGGCGGCAGAGCAAUUACUAAUGACAAGAGCGCACCACCAACUUCAGCGUCCAGCACUAGUGAAGUUAACAACACAACUAUUUCUACUGUUCUUGAAGAUUAAACUCUCUUAGCUCUUGUCUCUCACAGUUCUCCUAGUUAAUUUCCUACUCCACUUUGAGUAAAAACAGAUGCUUGGUCCCUAACAAAAUUGCAUUUUCUGCUUUUUGCAGAAUAGAACAGAUAAAGCUUACCCAAUAUUUGCUGACAAAAUAAUGUGAGACACUUUUUGAGGAACUUAAUUGAAUAUGUUGGCCUCAAUUCAACCCCACACAAACAUAAAUGAAGUUGCACUUGUACAAGAAGGGAGAUGGGAGUGGAUGCCUAUGGCCUAUGGCCUCUCCUUCCUCUCACUUGCACCCAGCUGUGCUACAUCAAUGCUAUUCUGGGGCAUUCCAUGACCCCUAGGAGUGCUUUUUCAAAGCACUCUUCAAAGGGGUAGGUGGAAGGAGAAGAUAGGAACCUGUUUCAUGAGAAGAAGUCCUUUUAAUAGGAUUCUGCUCUCUUGUUGUGCAUAUGAUAUUUUGAAAUAAGGGUGGAUAACAUCUGUGGGACCUGAGACCAUCCACCCUCUUGAAUUCUAGAGGUUGCAAUACUUCAGCAGUGAAGUGGCAGAAAAACACUAGGGAGGCUGCACUUCCAUUUUAAAACAAUGCAUGUGAGGAGCAUAGAACUUUGUUCAUGCCCCUCGAAUGGUCCCUAAAGAGAAAAUUUAGUUGAAAACAAAGUCUAUGCUCUCUCUGAACACAUUUUUUUAAAGCAGAAGUAUAUAUGUGUGUUGUUGGGGGAAAAUGCUUUGUUGCUUAAGCAACAUUCACGAGACUGAUGAUAUGGGUACAUGCAGCCCUUGGAUGUUGUGUUGACCACUCUACUC